AUGGUUGUCGAGUCAAUUUCAAUACCACCACUUCGUAGAACUUCUUUAAAAACCCCAAUUACGCCCUUGACGCCUGCAGAAGAUAAUCCAAUUUCACUCAAAGUUUCAAAAAUUUUAAUUUGCCCUAUCGAUGACAGUAAAACCAAAUCUGCAUUGGAAGCACUUUCGGAAUUUUAUACUUCAAAUUCUGUAGUUGAACGUAGAAAUUUGAGAGGAAAUAUCGAACAAAAAGCUAUCGAAACCAAUAGAAAUUUUCUUGAGAUUUUUGGUAAAGUUACGGAGCAAUUAGCAGCUAUAGAAUCGGAAAUUAAGAGCAUGAACAAUUUUUGUGAUGAGAUUAGCAAAAGCCUGGAUUCUGCAAAUCGUAAAACUGCGUUAUUAUUGGAACAAAGCGACA